AUGAAAAACAACAUGGCUGAAUUUAUUCUUCUUGGACUGACCCAAGACCCAGAACAAAAGAUAGUAUUUGGCAUCUUCUUGGUUUUCUACACCACAACUGUGUUAGGAAACCUGCUCAUCUUUUUGACCAUCAAGACCAGUCCCACACUUGAGUCCCCCAUGCAUUUCAGUCUGACCUACUUGUCCUUUGAGGACUCCUGUUUCUCUAGUACGACAGCUCCCAAACUGAUUGUAGAAAACCUCUUUAAAAAACAGGCUAUUACCUUCGACAAGUGCAUGACUCAAGUAUUUGGAAUCCAUUUCUUUGGAUGUAUGGAAGUCUUCGUUAUCCUCAUGGCCUGUGACCGCUAUGUGGCCAUCUGUAAGCCUCUGCACUACACAGUCAUCAUGAACCAGAAGAUGUGUGGCAUUUUAGUAAUAUUGGCCUGGUUGGGGUCUUUUCUGCAUUUCAUCACCCAGACCUUCCUUGCCUUGAGUUUACCCUUCUGCGGUUCCAAAGUGAUUGAACGCUACAUGUGUGACUUGCAGCCUUUGCUGAGAUUGGCCUGUACUGACACCUAUGUGAUAAACCUAUUGAGUAUUUCCAAUAGUGGGAUCAUAUGCAUUACAAGCUUUGCAAUUCUAAUGACCUCCUAUGUUUUCAUCCUUUAUUCACUAAGAAAUCAUAGUGCAGAAGGGAAGUGUAAAGCCUUGUCCACGUGUAUCUCCCACAUAAUUAUGGUUGUUAUAUUAUUUGUCCCCUGUACUUUUAUAUAUACUCGGCCCCCAAUUAUCAUGCCUGUAAAUAAGUUGGUGCCUGUAUUUUAUACCAUUGGAACUCCUUUGCUCAGCCCCUUGAUCUAUACACUGAGGAAUGCAGAAGUAAAAAAUGCUAUGGAGAAGCUACAGAGCAACAUAGUAAAUUCACAUAGCAAAUAG